AUGGACGCCGACUGCAAGGAGAUCCUCGAAGAGCUCCUCUCGGUCCAUCACCGCGCGUUCCAGGAGAUGGUCGCGGACCACUACAAGCUCGUGGAAGCGCAUAUCGACGUGUACGGGACGCAUCCCUACACGCAGGAGAGUGCCAAGGCGCUCAACAAGGCCGCGUACGAGGACAAGUUCCUGCCCGACCCGAUGCUGGACAACCGCCAGUUCUCCAAGAUCGUCCUCGACUUUGUCGACGAGUCGGUGACUGACGAUGGCUCGUGCUCGCCGGCGGCGCUCGCCCACCUGCUCGAGCUCGGGGCCACGCACAAGGCGACGCUGCUCCCCAUCGACAAGGCGCGCAUCGUGUUCACCAUCGAGCGGUCUUUCGAGGCCCGAGGCCUUAGCGACAGCGACCGCAAGCUGGUCUGCGACGCGUACCAGAAGAAGAUCCCGCUCUUGGUCGAGUGGUGCCAACCGCCCACCGUCGAGGCCGAGGCCCAGUGCGUCACGCUCCUCUUGCAGCUGCUGCUCGCGGGCCCGCCUCUCUUGGCGCAGGACAAGGCUGUCGUGCUGCCGAUGCUCUCGGAGGCUGCCCAGACGCUCUCGUCCGAGCCGCUCCGGACGCUGGCCGAGAAAACGCUGCAGAAGUUUCAGGCCUAA